UGCUGAGCAACUGUCUGUGUUAUUGUUAAAUAUAUAUGAAUAUAUUUAAACGACGUAUUCAAUAUUUAUACAAUUUUAUGAAUUUUGUUAAAAUUACACGUGUAACCUGUACUGGUAAUUUUUCCAAGCAUAUCGUUUGAUCAUUAAUAUUUUAAGUAAUUAAUUAAUUAUGGAUAAUGAAUGUGUUCGUUCGGUGAAAAGUGGAUGGAGACGUUUUACAUUGAUGGAACCACCGCUUUUUUUACUAUUAUUGGCUUAUGGAAUGACAGCAACUGUCUUGACUGAUUUAAUUGUCUAUCAAACUUGUAGACAAAUGAUGGUAACAAAUAAAAAUAGCUGUGAUAUUUUUCAUACAAAUAGCAGCAGUCACGAGGCAAAAGAACUGGAUAAAAUCGUUCAGCCACAUGCGAGUUAUAUAAUUAUGUGUAAAUCGCUGAUUGAAGGUAUUUUUCCAGCAUUGCUGGUAUUAUUUGUGGGUCCUUGGAGUGAUAAAUAUGGAAGGAAACCACUUUUAGUUGUUGGAUACUUUGCUCCAAUAUGCACGUAUACAUUAUUAUCAAUACUAAGUCACUUGGAUAUAAGUCCGUGGAUGUUUUUAUUAGCAUCUGUACCUGCUGCUUUAUUAGGCGGAAUUUCAGUACUUUUGUUAGGAGUAUUCUGCUACGUGUCGGAUAUUUCAGAGCCUGAAAAGCGUGCGUGGUAUUUAGGAUGUCUUGAAGCUUGCCUUUCUGCGGGAUUAGUUAUCGGUAUAUAUAUUGGUCCAUUGAUAUUUCAAAAGUAUGGCUAUGCUUUAUUAUUUAUCAUUGCUACUUUAAUCUCUGUACUAUCAUUACUUCAUGUUCUAUUUUUUGUACCUGAGACUAUUAAAAAUGAAUCUAAUAAAUGGGGAAAUCCAUUUGAUAUAUCUCUAGUAAAACAAUUGAUAUUAACAUGUACUAAAAAACGUCCUGGUUUAAACCGUGGGUUACUAUGGAGUUGUGUACUAGUUUUAUCAUUUCUUGUAAUUAUUAUGGAUGGAACUGCCAAUGUUAAAUAUUUAUUUACUAGUGCAAAACUAGGUUGGAAUACAGUACAGUUUUCAGUUUACACAAGCUUAUCUAUGACAUUGACAAUUGUGGGAACAAUUGUUGGUCUAAAAGUAAUGAGAAAUUAUUUAGGUCUUAAAGACGUUACAGGGACAUUAAUAGGAUGUUCAUCUGGAUUUGCCGCAGCUAUUGUAUACUCUUUUACUUCAAAACCUUGGCAUAUGUACUUAGGAACUAGUUUAGGAAUUUUCACCGGCAUGAUUUCACCUACUGCGCGAUCUGUUUUAUCUAAAUCUGCUCCUAUCGAUGAUCUGGGCAAAGUGUUUUCAUUGGUCACAUUUAUGGAAGCAUUACUACCAUUAGGAGGUGCUUCGUUAUACAGUUUGAUAUAUUCUCUAUAUAUGUCAGUAUAUCCAUUGCCAGUAUUUUUAUUAUCAGCUGGAAUAAAUUUUUUAAUGAUAAUUAUUACCAUAAUAAUGGAUUGGAAAUUUAACACAUAUGAAUCACCUUAUCAAUCCGCAAUUCAAGAAGACUGAAAUUUUAAAAAUUAUUCAAUGCACUCUGUAAAGAAUCGGGAGUGAAGCCAGAGUAAAUACGGAUUUUAUUUCAAUUCGGAUUCACUCCAGCCCGGAGUUUAAAUAUUUAAAUAAAUUUAUAUUUAAUAGAAACAGCUGUUAAUUAGAAACAUAAUUAUUUCAAUGACUAAUUGAUUCAGAUAUUAACCCUGAUUAAAAAUACUCAUUAAAAAGAAUUGAAAAAGAUGAGAAUUAAAUACUUUUUAAUAAAUCCAAUUCCACAAGGUUUUCAUCUGGACAUAAAAUUAAUACUUUUUAAUUGCAUUGAAUCUAAAAAUAAUAUAAGAAUUUCUAAGCUUCCAAAGAAUUGAAAAAGAUUCGAAUCAAUUGAUAUUUUUAAUCUUUCUGAAUCCUCGUCAAUAACAAAAAAGUUUCGAAUUUUAGGGUUACGAGUCCCUGAUUAAACAACUGAAUUCGACCGAAUUAAAAAUUUUAAUUCUGUUAUAUUCUGUCGAAUUCUGCAAAACAGAAUUUAGCUGAAUUGAAAAUUUGAAUUUGAAUUAAACAGAAUAAAACCGAUUUAAACAUUUCAAAUUCAUUUUAAUUCAGUUUAAUUCGGAUGCAGAACCAGAAAUUGGAGAAUUAUUUUCGAAUUAAUCAGAAUUAAACCGAACAGAAUUAUGUAAAUUCGUUUUAAUUUGGACAAAUUCUGGUUUUCCUGCCGAAUUAGACAGAAUUAAUUUUUAAGUUAGUUACCGAAUUAACAGAAUUUAUCUGAAUUAAAUAGAAUUGAAAAUUUAAUUCUGUUUAAUUCAAUCGAAUUCAGUUGUUUAAUCAGGGGUAGCAUUGAAAAAAAUUCGAAUCAAUUGAUAGUUUUCAAUCGAUCUCAAUACUAAAAUAGUUCCAUAUUUCGAAUUAUGACUUGAAUUGAAAUAAAUUGAAAUGAAUUCACAUUUUCGAAUCUUUCUGAAUCUUUUUCUAAAAUGAUGAAAGAUAGAAUUCCUUUCAAUACUUUCGAAUUCCAUUAUAAAAAUUAGAAAGGAUUCCAAUGAUUGAAAUUUCAAUUCCAUUUAACAUUUUUCAAAAUCUCCGUAUGGAUUGAAAAGAAUUAAAAUAAUUUUCAAUACUUUUCAAUGAGUAUUUUUAAUCAGGGAAUAAUUAAACUUAAAAUAUUAUGUUUUUAAUUUAUAAAAUGUUUUAGUAACUCACUAAAUUAUAAUUUCAUGUAUAUAAUACAUAGUGUAAAUAUUAAAUUAUUGAAUAACUAUAGUGAUAUAGUUUUUAUGGGAAUAUUUUAUGUUUCGGUACAAUAUGAAAUGUUAUCUCGUGGUGUGAUUGAUGUAAAUCAUACGACAGUUUGUGACUCAGUGGAAUUAUAUUUGCUCAAGUUUUAUUAUCAGCUGCUUAUAAUUUUUAAAAAUCAUUUCGCGUGAAUAUAUAGAAAGGGAGCUCAUUAUUAUUUCCGUACUCAAUAUAAAUGUCUAAAUAUCAAAGACCUAAGCUCACUAUGUAUUAGUAAUUAUUUUAAUAAUUAAUAUUUUCCGAAACUCCCCUUUGGAGUGAAAUUCACUCCGAAGGAAUUAAGUAACUAAAAAGUGAAUAAAUAAAAAAAGUCGUUGACUCCGGAUUCACUCUGCAAAUUUUUUACAUUGGAAAAUUACUCAUUUUUCAAUUAACAAUUAAAAUAACUCAAACAAAUAAAUUAUUUUUGAUAAAUAUACUUAUGAUGAUUUUAUAAAAAAUCUGUGAUAACAUUUUACAAAAGAUAUUAUAAAUUAUUUGAUAAAUAUUGAUUGUAUUUUUAUAAAUAAAUAUACAAAUAAUCAUCACCUCUGUUAGAUUUAUG